GGACCAUCAUGUCACUGUGCUCGGCGGAGGGAUACAAUAACCAGUGUCAUCGCGGUGCUGAGGCUUUUGCAAACCUAAAAAUGUCUGCCUAAGGGAAACUCGUAACUGAUAUAUAUAAAUACAGUAUAUUUAGAGGAUAUUUCACCCAGAUAUCUCCGUUUAAACCCACUCUCCGCUCUUUUGAGGCGUACUGCAAGAAAGCAAGUCUUCUACCAGAUCACCCUAGUCGGGAUUUUAAUCUGAAAAGGUCUCUAGAUCGACAGGAUGAAUCCUCAGCAGCGGAUUGCCGCUCUCGGAACAGACAAGGAAUUAAGUGACCUGCUGGAUUUCAGUGCGAUGUUCUCUCCACCUGUAAGCGGAGCGAAAAACAGGCCCACCACACUCGGAAGCAGUCAGUUCACUGCAUCAGGUAUGGAUGAGCGGACCAGCCAAGCGUCUUGGGCCCCAGGUGGCGAGUCCAGUCCCUCCUUUGAGUCCUCCCGGGGUUUCGCUGACAGCCCUCAUUACGGCGAUCACAUGAGUGACAGUCGAUUAGUGUCCCAUGAAGGAUUGUCCCCAACACCUUUCAUGAACUCGAACAUAAUGGGUAAAUCGGAGAGGGCUCCAUUUCCUGCCUAUGGGAGGAACCCUGGAGCAUCUAGUGGCCAGUCUUCCUCCGUGAGGUCGAACGUCAGGUUGGCGAGUCCGACUCCGGUGACUCCGUCAGGGAAGUCAGCUGCUCCUUUUUACUCCUUCACUGCAGCCAAUCCUAGAAGACGUCCUCUUCAAGAUCCUCCGCCCGUCGAUCCUCUACAAACAAAAAAGGUUCGCAAGGUCCCUCCUGGCCUGCCUUCAUCUGUGUAUGCACCAUCUCCAAACUCAGAAGACUUCAACAGAGAUUCACCUUCCUACUCUUCUCCUAAACCCUCCAGCAGUAUGUUUGCAAGCACUUUCUUUGAUGGUACCCACAGUUCGCCUGACCCUUGGAACUCGUCCAAUGGGAUCAGUCAGCCCGGCUACGGGGGAAUGCUCGCCGGAUCUUCAUCUCACAUGCAGCAGUCAGGAAACUACAGCACCCUGCACUCACACGAGCGUUUGAAUUACCCGGCACACUCAGUCUCUCCAGACAUCAAUGCCAGUCUUCCUCCCAUGUCCAGCUUCCACCGAAGCAACACCAGCACUUCGCCAUUCGUCAGCGCAGCGCACACCCCGUCCGUCAACACAUCCGAUGGGGUCAUGGCUGCUGCAAAUCGAGGGAACGCCACUGGAAGCUCACAGACUGGAGAUGCUCUGGGCAAAGCUUUAGCCUCGAUUUACUCACCUGACCACACUAGCAGUAGUUAUCCAUCCAACCCAUCGACACCUGUGGGUUCUCCUUCACCUCUGACGGCCACAGCAGGCGCUGCCUCAGCGGGUACCGUGGUGACUGCUGCCGGCACCCCGUCUGGACGGCCAGGUUCCAACCAGUGGCCCCGCGCUGGUGGACAGACACCCUCCUCUCCAAACUAUGAGAACUCCCUCCACUCACUGAAAAACAGAGUUCAUCAGCAGUUACAUGAGCAUCUCCAGGAUGCCAUGUCUUUCUUAAAGGAUGUCUGCGAGUCUCGAAUGGAGGAUCGUCUGGACAGACUGGAUGAUGCAAUCCUUGUUCUGAGGAACCAUGCGGUGGGCUCCACCGCCAGUCUGCCCAGCGACAUACACAGCCUGCUGGGACAGGCACAAAAUGGGCCAAUGGCAGCCCUCGGAGCAAACUUCCCUGCCUCUGCAUUGGCUCCAAGUCGGACAGCGGCGAUGCAGGGUGGCACCCACGCUGACGAUGCUGCCAGCCUAAACAACAGCCACGGAGGCCUGUCCAGCGCCGGCUCCACGUCCACCGCAGAACUCAACCACCAGUUGGAAACCUUCAGAGGUCUGGCUUCAGCCCUGGCCGGCCACUUGCCUUCCGCCCUGGAGCUGAAGGUGGAGAAACAGGACAAGGAAGACAUGAACGAUAACCUCUCCACCGACGACAGGUCAGAUGAUGAGAGCGACAGAAGGAGGACACCCAGAGAUGGCACACGCACGAGCUCUUUCUCCCACAGCAUCACUGAGGACGAGGACCUGAAUCCAGAGCAGAAGGCCGAACGCGAGCGCGAGAGGAGGAUGGCGAACAAUGCCCGUGAACGCCUAAGGGUGCGAGACAUCAACGAAGCCUUCAAGGAGCUGGGCCGCAUGGUCCAGCUGCACCUGAAAAGCGAGAAGCCCCAGACUAAACUGCUCAUCCUCCAUCAGGCUGUGGCUGUCAUACUUAACCUGGAGCAGCAAGUCAGAGAGCGUAAUUUGAACCCCAAAGCAGCCUGUCUUAAGAGAAGGGAGGAGGAGAAAGUGUCUGGGGGAUCCGGUGACAACCAACAAGCCCACACGGGGGUCCAUCUAGGCCUGACUGACGCAUCCAACCCCAUGGGCCACCUCUGAGUAGCAGACAGAUCAAAGUGAUCCACAUCAUUUCUGUCCCGUUUAAGUCGGUGACCUUGCUUCCCAGUGACAGACAGGACUCACAGUUUGUGACACCAAUCGGAGGAGACAGACCACUUGAAGCAAAACUACGAGACUAACACAAUCCAAUCCUAAAAGAUUGAAGAGGAGCCAAGAGUCCGGCUCCCUGUGACCAGUUUCCAUCUGCAAAUUUCUCCCCACAAAGAAAAAAAUGUUCAGCACAUAUCACUGUCUCAAGAAGUGUUGUUGCUUCUGAACAAUCAGAGACUUCGCAAUCUCCUCCAGCCGUAGGGGGAAUUGCCUUGUGCCUAAACUGAAUUGACAAAUGCAUUGUAACAGCAACUGUUUCUGUUUUGUCCGUUUCUUUUUUUUUUUUCUCUAUUUAUUAUGUUAUUGAGCUAUAAAGUGUAUGUCUAAAGGGAAAGUUGAGCAAGUAUGCUGCUUUUCAGUUGAUCUAUAGUUUGCCAGUGUCACCAUUAAAACGGAGCACUUCCACCCUGGUAAAUCUCUGGGGAGAUGAGGGGGAAAUAUUUGAAGACUAAUUUAUUGGCCAGUUUAGAGUGAUAUUUAUACCCAACUGAAAAUGAUCAUUAGUUAGAAAUGGAGAUGCCCCAUUUAAAAAAGAAAAGAGGAUAUAUUAUUUAUAUUUAUAUUUUAUUCCUUCUGCCACUGGCCACAUGUGUAACCAAAACUACCUGUUUGUUUCUAGUUUAGAUCAGUUUAUGUGCUGCUGAACAGCGGAAUAAUCGGCCCGUUAGCAUAAACCAUAUUGUCUACAAAGGUGACAGACGAAUGGCAAACUCUAGGUUUACUGAAAGCUCACAUGUAGUUGUGUUUUUUUUUUCCUCGGUAGUGAGCAGUGAAAAUACAGAGAGCAAACCUUAGCAUUCCCUGCAUUAUGUUUAGUGUCUUAACUAAAAGAAAGGGGCUUCAUCGCCCUUCCCUUUGCCAUAUAGUGUUAAAUGGAAACAGUGACGUAUUUUUGCAGAUCUUUGUUUACCCUUCUGACAGUUACGUGCUCCUGACGUCAGGACAGAAGCGGUUUGUUUUUGUCAUAUUUUUCCCGCCACCAGCUAAUCAGAGCUUGCUUGAUUAAGACGAUGACCACGCGUUCUCCUGGCCUGAUGAACACAUCACUUCAUUUUUGUUUCUGUUAAUAUCUCAAGACAUUUCAAAUGCAGUUAUUCUGAGUACAAUUUUUAGUUAUGCUUGUUUGUGUUGUAACUAGUCAUAUCUUUAAGCUUACAGCUUUAUACUGUCCAGUUUCAGCGAAGAGAACUUUUCAAUUAUGUUUUCAUCUGCUAUAUAAAAAAACCCAGACUAGAUAUUUCAUGCAUUUUGUUGAAUAUCAUAGAACUGUAGCAAAAUAAUCAACAAAAAACACUUAACAGGAUUUUCUUUUAUGUUUCAAGUUCAUGGCUUUAAUUUGUUUUCCAUAUCAGUGUGCAUGCUUUACGUUUGUCUUUUGGUCUUAAGACUUGCUUUAUAUUGCAUUUAUUUCUUUGCAUAUUGUCUUCUAUCAUUAUCUACACCUUAAACAAGGCUGCCACAUUCAGAAUGACUAUUCUGUACAAAAAAGGGACUUAAAUUAGAGUAAAGGAUGCCACACCAAGAGUUUACAUUAAAGAUUUAUGAUUUAAAAACUUUAUUGUGAAGAAAAAAAAAACAUAAACCAUUUUUGUGUAUUCUCUGACUGAAUGUGGCCUUCAUUUCAGUAUUCAUGUUGGCAGACUUUGAUUGAGGGAAUAACGUACGUCACUUCCUGCUCUUUUUUAUUUCCUGUUCUUCCUAUAUUUCUUUGCUCCUCUGUUUGCCAAGUUAGACUUUGCUGUAUUCCAAGAUGCUUUCCCUUGUAUAAUAUAUGAGAAAAAAAAAGAAAAUCAAAAGGAAAAAAAAAACAUUUGGCUUAUUUUUCACUGUAGUUAGUCUUUUAUACAAUAAUACUGUAAGAAUAUUUCUUGAAUUCUGAAUAUUACUCUUUCUAGAUUUUUGAAAGCAAAAGUUUUGAGUAAAAAGUUUCUUACUUUAUUUUACUAUAUUAGAUAGUAAAACGUACGGUUAUUUACAAUAGCCUCUCCAUUAUUACAAGACAUUUACAAAUGGCAUCUCAAGAACACGGCUGAAUUGUUGCUCGUAGUCUAGAACUUCAAAAGGCGAGCGUCCGAGCUCCAGACUCCUAAAAGUGCGACUACCAUCUUAUUCUUCAGUCUCUCGUUGUUGAUUGAUUAAAGAUUUGUUCUUGUGUCAAAUGAAAAGGUAUUGUCGAUGCACAUAAAAAAAAACAAAAAACAACAACCUGCAGCAACGAGAAUUUUAAUUUUCUGUCUUUUUCAACAGAAAAACACAAUGUAUAUAACAUUUAUGUUGCAAUAAAUGUGCCAUCUUUUUUUAAAC